CCUCCUCCUCAGCAUCAUCAGGAGCAGCAGCAGCAGCAGCCCUGGCAGGAGCCAGAGCCCGGCAGCCCAGGCUGCAGCCAGCCGCCUGCCGUCCCCUGCCUGCACCGUCACCCCGCCACAGCACCGGCCCCGGCCCCGCUGCUUCCCACCGGGGGCAGGAAUAGGGGAGAGGGAGCAGAGGGAGGUGCACUGCAGAGGGAUCCCAGACAACCCAGGUGAUGACCUGAAAAAAUCAUGUCUGAGGUCCAGGGAACGGUCGAGUUUUCUGUGGAGCUACACAAAUUCCAUAAUGUGGACCUUUUCCAGAGAGGGUAUUACCAGAUAAGAGCUGGGCUGAAAAUCCCAUCCAGGAUUCCUCACAGGCUCUUUGCUACAAUUGCGGGACAGACAGGUGAUUCCAGCCUUUGCUCGGCCUGCGUGCAUGAAAACAACGUUUAUAGCAGAAUAUUUCAGAUUUUGUACAGGAACGAAGAGAUCAUUCUUAAUGAAUCAAUGAACUUCAGAGUACACCUGCUUCUGGAUGGCGAAAGGGUGGAAGAUGCAUUGAGUGAGGCAGACUUUCAGCUCAAGUUGGACCUGCACUUUACUGAUAGUGAACAACAGCUGAGAGAUGUUCCAGCCAUUCCCAUGAUCAGCAGCCGUACACUGUGUCUUCACUUCCACCCCCGGAGAGGUCUGCACCACCAUGUUCCUGUCAUGUUUGACUAUUUUCACCUGUCAGUGAUAUCCGUCACAGUGCAUGCGUCACUGGUAGCAUUACACCAGCCUCUGAUCAGUUUUGCUCGUCCAGGGAAAGGAUCAUGGCUUGGUAAAGGCAACCUGGAUACAGGACCAGACCAGUCCAGUAUGUCAUUAGAAAAUCUAGUGUUUGGAGCUGGCUACUGCAAACCCACUUCAUCAGAGGGCAGCUUUUAUGUCCCAUCUGAAAACUGCAUGCAGCAUGCAUACAAAUGGCAUAAGGACCUCUGUCUUCUGCUCUUGAAUGCUCAAAGAGGACUUCACAUGUACUACACCCUCAUAAUGAAGGAGAUUCCUGAUUUACCACAACUGAAGUUGGAAGAGCUUUCCACGGAAGAUACGUUAUCUCAGCUUUGUACAGAGCUGCAGCUGCUGAGCAACCCAGAGAAGAUAGCAGAACAGAUAAGCAAGGACCUCGCCUGGCUUUGCUCCCACCUCCUGGCCCUGUGGACCCAGUUCCUGGAGGUGGCAACACUCCAUCCAGAAGUCACAGCUUAUCUGACUCAGGAGCAUCAUAUGCUAAGGGUAAGGAGAUUCUCAGAAGCCUUCUUCUACACUGAGCACCAGAAACUCGCUGUGCUGACAUUCCAGGAAGGCCUGAUCCAAAGUCAUGGACAGAUUUCUACAGAAAUUCGUAAUUCAGAGUACUUCACCAGCAUGCCCCCCCUGCCAGCGGAAUGCCUCGACAUAGAUGGGGACUGGAACACGCUUCCAGUUAUUUUUGAAGACAGGUACAUGGAUUUGCCUUGCAAAGAUCAGAAUUUGGAUGUUUUCCCAGAUUUUGAGGUUCCUGAAAAUACGCAAAUGGAUGUAAUAGACGACAAGGAAGAUUUUUCGUCAAAUGAUGCCACUGCAGUAACAAAAGCAGACUUUGGGAAAGGUACUCUGCUAAUACACACAGACAGGAUAAAUGGGAAUCUGUCCUGCUUGUACAGUGGUACUGAAGGUGCUGCUCACGCAGCAAAGGGUUUAAACCCACACUCCACAUCUCAGGUAUGUACAUUGAACAAAGAAGGCCAAAGGAAACCUGAAAAUAUUUUUGUUUCAAGUAAGGAAACUACUGACUCAGAGCCAGGCAAUACAGAAUGCACAUCAGAGGAAUUUAAAACACACAAAGAAGUUUUAUUAAAAGACAAUAGACUUGCAGCGGGUGUUACCUCUGGAGACAUGAAACCUAGCAAUAAGGAUGCCCACAAAAGUGAGCCCGUGUUAAUUGUUAGUGCUCAGUAUGAGUGCAGAGCAUGUGGAACUGAUGGCUUGGAAGACAGGUCAGAAAUAGAAAACACAGCCGAAUCUGGUCAUCCUGAGAAUAAUUUCACUUCUGAGCUUGCACUGAGUGAGUUAACCAGUCUUGAAAAAACAGCAGAUCCAGACAACAAGACUCUGGUGCCUGUUUUGAAAGCUUUGCCUGCCCACAGCUUGGAAGUGAAACUGUUCGCAAAGGAGCAACGAACUGAGGAGUGUGAAGAAUUUACCCUGAUGUCAGGGGUUAUAAAGAGAUCCUCCUCCAUAAUAUCUGAUUCGGGCAUUGAAAGUGAACCAAGUUCGGUGGCAUGGUCUGAUGCUCGUAGCCGGGCUCUGGAGCUGCCCAGUGAUCGAGAGAUCCUGCACCAUUUGGUACGGAGACAUGCCAUCCACCGAAAUUCCCUAGAGGGUGGCCACACAGAAAGCAAUACUAGCUUGCCCAGUGGAAUCCAAGCAUCACUCACAUCCAUUAGCUCUUUGCCCUUUGAAGAAGAGGAGAGAGAAGUGGAGCUUACCAAACUGACCAAGUCUGUCUCAGCUCCUCAGAUCAGUAGCCCAGAAGAGCCUGUGGAGGAGGUGGAUAUAUCCAAACACAGCGAAGCAACCUCAGGAGACUCAGGAGGAUAUUUAAAAAGUUGCAUGGAAACAGAGGAUGGAGAUAAGCAAUUAAUCAUGGACUUCUCUGGGUGUCAUAUCACCACUGAAAGUGGACAGCUAGAACCAAAAGAACAUCCCAAACCCACUGCCAAACACAGUAGUGGUCACAUGGAAUUACACAGGGAGGAGGCAAAAGAAAGUCUUUCAGAGACUUACUGUAGUUUGGAGUGUGCAAAACCACCUGUAUGUCCAAAGUCACUUGGAGAUAACAUCUCUGAAUUCCAGUCACUGGAGAGCAAUGGUGAGUGCAGCUUAAAAACACCAAGGGCUAAUAAUUACUCGGACGAAAGUACAGAAAAGUUUGGUGCAUGCAUCAAGGAUCCAAAGGAUAAACCUAAGCCGGACAGUUUCGAAAUACAACAAGGCUUUUACACCGAUAUCAGAGUAACAGGAGAGGAGAGCUUCUCACAAAGCAUAAAGGUGUUACCUGAUACUUGUAAUCCUGUUUCAGCUGCUUCAGAGACUUCAAUAGAAUUCGGCUCAAUGCAAGGAGAAUGUGGUAGGUCUCUUGCUGGUGAGAGCCAGGUGGUGUAUGCAGAAAUGCAGGGGUUACAAGAAGUUGAACUCAAUGACUCACCUGCCUCAGCAGACCCUGCUUCAGGAUCCUACCAGGAUGAAUAUCCUCAGGAACCCGACAGCCAAGAGCAUAAACUUGUAGCUAAUGGCACUGGGUUUCAUUCGGUGACGACAGAGGGGGUGGCACUGGAAAGCAGAAAGGCUGUUGAUGUGGUUAACCUCUCUGUCUCUUGCACGGCCACAUGUCUUCCCUUUUCUUCUGUGCUCAAAGAGACCCCUGCGAUGGUCGGCUUCUCUGCAAAGCAGGCUGUGUUCCCCAUCACACGACAGCCUCUAGGCUCCUUUGGAGUUGUUUCUUCUAACUCAAAUGAGGUGGAUGAAGAGGCCAAUGAAAGGAUGCUGAAUUUUUAUCAGGCCAAAGAAAAAUUUAAAAAAGAAAUGAAGAUUGAAGGAUUUCUGUACAGUGACUUAUCUGUACUAGCUUCUGAUAUCCCAUAUUUUCCACCAGAGGAAGAGGAAGAAAAUUUGGAAGAUGGAAUUCACCUGGUUGUCUGUGUCCAUGGGUUGGAUGGUAACAGUGCAGAUCUACGGCUGGUAAAGACUUUUAUAGAACUGGGACUCCCUGGUGGAAAACUGGACUUCCUAAUGUCUGAACGAAAUCAGACUGAUACUUUUGCUGAUUUUGAUACAAUGACUGACCGAUUGUUGGAUGAAAUUAUUCAGCAUAUUCAGUUGUAUAACCUCUCCAUAUCCCGAAUAAGUUUUAUUGGACAUUCCCUUGGUAAUGUCAUCAUCCGAUCUGUACUAACUCGCCCCAGGUUUCGCUAUUACCUCAACAAGUUACAUACCUUCCUGUCCCUCUCUGGACCUCACCUGGGAACACUUUACAACAAUAGCACUUUGGUUAGUACAGGUCUGUGGCUCAUGCAGAAGUUGAAAAAAUCAGGGUCACUUUUGCAAUUGACUUUCAGGGACAACGCAGAUUUACGCAAGUGUUUCCUCUACCAGCUCAGCCAAAAAACAGGCCUUCAGUACUUUAAAAAUGUUGUGUUAGUGGCCUCACCCCAAGACAGAUAUGUACCCUUCCAUUCAGCAAGAAUAGAAAUGUGCAAAAAUGCUCUUAAAGACAGACACACAGGUCCUGUUUAUGCAGAAAUGAUUAACAACCUGCUCCAGCCUUUGAUUGGGGCGAAGGACUGCACUUUGAUCAGACACAACGUGUUCCAUGCUCUGCCAAACACCGCCAACACAUUGAUUGGCCGGGCAGCCCACAUUGCCGUGCUGGACUCUGAACUUUUCCUGGAGAAGUUUUUCCUUGUGGCAGGACUCAACUACUUCAAAUAGUGCCUGAAGUAUGGGGUAGCAGAGGCAAACCAUUUCACUGAGUGGAGGAGAAUCCCUUAGCCAAAAGCGUGCAGUGUUAGAAAUGAGAUCAGGUGGGACUUUCAAUCUCUCUCCAUUUCAAUUUCUGUUUCAGAGAAUAAAGUGCUAUGGCUUUAAGGCAUUCAAGCUUCCAAAUAUUGGUGCUUUUGGAAGAAAUAAAUAUUCCUCUUCUGUUUAUAUGUUGUUUGUCCACAUAAAGACAUGAGCUACUUCUGAAGUAGAGAAUCAAAAUAAAGAUGGUUAAUAUUAUCUAAAUGUGAUGGGACCAAUAUGAUCACCAUUUCUCUUGAAUAUUAACCCAGGAACUUGUCUGUUCUUGAUUUAAUGCUUAUUUACAUAUUAACAAAGCUAUACAUCUGUAGCACUUUGGGGUGGUUAAUACAAGAGGAAAAAAGUGUAUAUGAACUCAGGUUAAAACUUCCUUUGCAAUGAAAUGAAAAGUCUAAAAAACAUUUAUGAAAAUUUUAACAUUUCUGUUUCUCAAAAUAAAAUGGUUCCAUCAUUGGUAAUCAUUUGUAACAUGCACAUAUUCAAAUCAUGGAAAGGGGGAAAAUAUUUAACAUAGAAUGAAAAAAAAAAUCUUGAUAUUUGACUUUUUUUUAGAAAAAAACUUUUAGUUGGGAAGACUUUUCUUCAAGUUGGAAGCUGCCAGACUGAUAGGAAUCUAUUGGAUUUCAUGUGAAAUAUCAGUGGCAUCUGUUAACAUUUCUCCUGUUUACAUUUCUAGGAUACCAUUACUGUGCUUGUCAUUAUAACCUUAGAGGUACAAUUUUCACUUUUAAAUUUGUAUCUGAAUACAUUUAUCGCAGGGUAUUAUAUAUAUAUAUAUGUGUAUAUAUAUAUAUAUAUAUAUAUAUAUAUAUAUGUUAGUCUGAAAUUCAAAAUCUAGCCAGUAAUAUCCCUAAAAAACACCAAUCAGAUGAAAUUAGGUUGGUGACCUAUAGCAGUAAAGAUUGUGGAAAGGUUAAAAACCAUACAUAUGUCUUCUUAGACUUCUCUGUAAUGCUAUAAUAGGGUUUUACUAAUUCCCAUUUGCAGUGCUAUGUGCAGUCCUAAUUAUUAUAUGGUUACAGCUGGUCAAAACAUUUAAAACUUUAUUCGUACAAAGUUUUCAGAAUUCUUUUCAAGGGUUUGGAAAAGAACCCAUUUUUCUCACUGUUUGUAUUUUUUUGCAUUUUUAAUUUGUUUUUAAUCAAAAAGUUGUCAGCAUUUUAAAUGACAGAUUUCAAUAACCGUCUAUAAGUUUUCAUACCACUUUGAUAAAUUUUCAAUGUCACAGCAGUUUUUCAAAAAGGAGGAGGUGAAUAACUCUUCACAAAUAUUUGUGUUUGGAAGGAAGGUAAUUUUUUAAAGCAAGUGUAAUUUGUUUAAAAACAUAGGUGACCAGCCCUCUAUAUCUUGUGAAAAAAUAAAACAAAUGAACAUAAAAAAUUGAUUCUAGGAUUCAAGACUAUCAUCAGUGAACUAGGAUCAAGACAGUGGAAAUUUCUGAAAUAAAAGAAUUAAAAAAUGAAAGCAAACAAUUUUGCAACCCCAGGGGAAUAUUUGUACAUGCAAAACGUAAAACUAGCUGUGUUCAAAAGAAGAAAAAUGGAAAACUUUUGAAGAAUUAGUUCAAGAAAAGGGUUGCUGACAAAUUGGAACUAGGGUGGUCUGAUAAUGCAGGCAUGUUUUGAAAUAGAAAGGAAUAAGAAGGAAUAUCCAAAAAGGUAAGACUAAGACAUGAAAACAGAAAGGUAUAUUGCACGUAAAAUCAUCUUCUGCCCUUCAAAGGUGAUACUGAAAUUAAAUAGAAAUGAUCACAUGGUGCAUUUCAAUAGCGAUUAGUUUUGUAAAAAUUAAAUAUUACUGCAGUACUUGAAGUAAAUAAGUAGAUACUAUUCUCUUUUUUCCUUUUAUAAAUUGACAUUUUAAAGCUAAAAGAUGAAUUUUACCAGUUAAAAAUAGAUGCUGUGUCAGGAAUCAAUAAUUUCUGGGUCCCAUGUCUUGUUUUAGAAAUCUUUAUCACUGUUUCGCCUCAACAUUUUAAUGCCAACUGAACUUACAUAUCACAGCUUACUUCUUCCUUGAUAAAUUGUUUACACAAUGUUAAACAUAAUGGGGCAUGGAGGUGAAGCUUUCGUACAGUGGUUUUUGAUCCACAGACAUGGACUUCUAAGGAGUAUGUGAAAAGCAAGAAAGAAAAGCAAUCCUCAAACAUCAGCAGUCUUUAGUAAGUUAUAUGGCGAUCUCCUUUAGAAAUUUUUGGCAGUCUGCACAUGGAAAAUUUUUUAAAUCGUUGAGAGGCUAGUUUACACAUAUAUACAUACCUAAUGUGUGUGUGUAUUUGCAAUGCAUACAAAGAAGUAUGCUUAUUUCAAGGUCAAACACUCCAUGUUUUUAAUCAUGAAUAUACUGGAUAUGAAAACAUACUGGUGUAGUGCUUCUUAAAAUCAUACAGGUGGUUUCUUGCCUUGCCUUGUACAUUAGACAGCAUUCCUAGCCUUCUAUUUGCAUACGUGUGGGAGAGGGGAAAUGUGAAAAAGUCUCUUUUGUAUUACUGCAGAAAUUGGUGGCCUGUUCAGUACGUUCACUUUCACAUUGUACACUGCUACCAGUGCUGUGACUUAUGGACAAACAUACCUAAAGAUUUCCAUGUUCCUGUCCAUAUCAUGUUCUUCCACAGCUCAGAGUCUGAUUUCAGUGGAGUUGGAUUAGGUUCAUUCAACUUGCUCCUUGGAGGGUGUAAUAGAGAGCUUCUAUAGAGCCUCAGAAAAAUCUGGGAGAUGUCAUUCCUGUGAAAUGAUAUGACACAGAUUUUAUCUUCCUUUUGCUGCCAGAACGUUGUGGGAAAUAUUGGCAAUAACUGUCUAGCUUAGCAUUCAUUUUGAGGUUCUCAGAAUAGUCUCCCUUUCUUUUAUGCUUUUUAAUGGGAUAUUGCCUUGAUAAUGACACAGAAUAUUGUAAAUCUUCUCUAACGGUAUAGACUAUAUUGCAAAGAAAUCCUCAUUGUCAUUAUAAUGUAAAUAACAUCUGAGUGGUUGCACUUCAUCAAAACAUAGCAA